AUGAACUCGUCGGCGCCACCUGUCCUCUACACAACCGUUACUCGCUCUCGUUACAUCUGGCUCGUCUGCCAGCGGCGGCUGCGUCGGUUGUGUGCUAGCCUGUGUAGACGCUGGUUCUUUGCCAGCGGGGUGCUGGCUGUCAUUCUGUUUUUACUUAUACUUAUACCCUACGACAGCCAGCUACGCCUAUUCUACCGUUACCACUUUGUCACCAAAUCACCCCCGGCGCAAAUACGCAAACAGUGGCUUCAAGACCAUACGCAUUACCCGCUUUACUGGGCGGAAGACGUUGGCAUCAUCCUCAAGUCCGGCUUCGGUACCCAGUACCGCAUUCCCGCGUGGUUCGAUGCUGCACAAGAGGUCGGGGACAUUGUGAUUACGGCUGACUAUGCCACUGACGUGCUGCGACCUAUUACACACGAGGGCCGGCAUUUUCCCGUCUACGAUGUGGUGGAUGCAAUGAUCCAGCAAGAGUUUGGCUGGGAGCUUGAUGCUAUGAAGUUUAUUUCGAGUUUGCAGCUUGCGUACCAUAAGAUGCCGCAUAAGAAGUGGUAUUUGCUAGUCGACGACGACACGUACGUUUUACAAGUCACGAUGGAGCUUCUUUUAAGCCAUCUGGAUCCAUCAAAACCCCACUACAUUGGCAACCCGGUAGGAGGCUACUUGGGACGCUUUGCCCACGGUGGUUCGGCCGUGGUACUUUCUCAUGCCGCCAUAAAGCACCUAUUUGCCCAUCCACGCAUUGUUUCUCAAGCGUUCCGUGACUCGCUUAGCGACCCCUAUGGCGAUCACCUGCUGUCAGCGACGUUAAUGAAGGUUGGUAUCUACAUUGAAGAGGAGUAUACGCAGUUCUUUAACGGCGAGCGACCGGUGAUCACGAAGAUCCGGGCCGACAGGUUAUGCGCUCCAAUUGCUUCUUUUCACGGCCUUCGACUGCCGGAGGAAAUGCGCAGCACUGGGGAGACGUUUCGUGGGGUUAAGUGGCCGAUAACGUGGCUACAUGUGUGGUCGCUGUUUAACGCACCAGCACUGCGGUCCUUUGAGACGGAGCCUAUGCGCGAGAACUGGGAUCAUGUUGGGCGGACAGACGAACACACGCGCUCGCUAGAAAAUGUCCAGUCGGCGAGUGAUUGUCUAGCGCUGUGCCGCAGCUGGACAGAGUGCUUGGCCUGGACAUGGGAUGCCGACAAAGAGCGUGCCACGGGUGGUUUUACUUUCUAG